AUGCCCCUCCUCACCAUACAGAACCAGCAGAUCAGCUGGACUUCACUGCUGGUACUGGGGUAUCUCUUUUACCUCCUCCUGGGUGCUAUGGUGUUCCAGCUGCUGGAGAAGCAGGCAGAGACCCACUUUCAGGACCAGUUUCAGCUACAGAAGCUCAAAUUCCUGCAGAACUACACAUGCUUGGACAGGCAAGCCCUGGAGCAGUUUGUGCAGGUCCUCAUGGAAGCAUGGGAAAAAGGCAACCCAGAAGGAAAUUCUACCAAUCCCAGUAACUGGGACUUCAGCAACUCCUUCUUUUUUGCAGGAACUGUUAUCACCACUAUAGGUUACAGUAACCUGUCCCCCAGCACAGUGGCAGGGCAGAUCUUCUGUGUGUUCUAUGCUUUGUUCGGAGUGCCCCUCAACCUGGCCUUUCUUAAUCAGCUGGGGAAAGGCCUCAAUGCUCACCUGAUUACCCUGGAAAGAUGGGUGCAAAAGCCAGGCUGUGCCCAGAUGGUUCAAACACUGGCAGUGGCCAUCUUCCUGACCACUGGGACCUUGCUUUUUCUAAUAUUCCCACCGUUGGUCUUCAGUUAUGUAGAAGGCUGGAGCUACGGAGAGGGCUUUUACUUCACCUUCAUCACCCUGAGCACCAUUGGAUUUGGGGACUAUGUAGUAGGCACAAACCUCAACAAGCACUAUAUCCCAGUGUACAGGAGCCUAACUGCGAUUUGGAUUGUUUUUGGCUUGGCCUGGCUGGCUCAAGUCUUCAACGUGGCAGCUGACUUGAUGGAAAAAUUCCUUCAGCUAAAGUGGUACAAGCCUGACUUAAGGCUGGCAGAAGGGGCCACCACCAAACUGGAAGAUGAACCUGAGCAGCCUAGAAUCCACAUUCCUAGAUGA